AUGGGUUCUACAAUCACGGACUACUGGGAUCAUCUUGACCCAGUCAGUGGCAACUAUACCCGGCUAUCUACAAAUGAAUGGAUCAUCACGGGUCGCAUCGACGCUGAAGCUGGCCAGAACUUCACCUCAUGGCAGGACUAUUUCGGACCAGCCAGUACCUACCACGACGAUAGCUUCACGAAAACAGAGCAAUUCAAUCUCACUAGCGAGAUCUUUGGCUUGGAGGCACUCGGUAUGGUGGUAGACGGCUCGGAAACGUCACAAGCGGCUUUCGCGGCCGAGGACAUUAUGAUUCUCAGCGACGGUCUCUGCUCAUCGGCAUGUGCCCUCUUCAUGGAAAUGAUGCACCACGAAGCCGGUGUACGCACGGUGGUAGCAGGGGGUCGACCUAGCUAUGGGCCGAUGCAGUCACCAGCGGGCACUCGCGGCGCCUUGGGAUAUUCACAUUCUAGAAUGGACACCGAUAUGAAACUGGCAAAAGACCAGGACCCCUCCCUAGGAGGCCGACUGCCCGACCGAACACUCGAUUACUACCUCACCUACGCGAGCGUCAAUCUCCGUGACCAGGUGCGUCAGGACGACAGUGAACGAACACCCCUCCAAUUCCUCUACCAGCCAGCCGACUGUCGCAUUUUCUACACGCCACAAACCUGGUAUAACUUCACCAACCUGUGGAACCACGCCGCAGACGCCAUAUGGCAUAAUCCCGCGCUUUGCGUUCUGAAUUCCACUUCUAAAUCCACGCGACAAGUUCCGCCCCCUCCGCCUCCACCCCCAUUCAAGCCUCUUCCUCCGCCUGACAAGACGGUAGAUGCAGAUCAUGCUGCAUCCCACUCGUCAGUUGAUAUCGAAGAUCCGUCGAACGAUAUUCUUGGAGGCUCGCCACCUGUCAGGGACAUUCAAGGCAUGAAAUGCAAGCGGGACAGUGAUUGCAAGGGCGGAGGCCGUUUCGUCUGUCGCGAAAUUUGGGGAUGUCCUGAUGGCUUCCCUGAAUUAUUCUUCCAAUGUACUUCGAAGUGUUCCUUCUCUAAGAUAUAUAAGACCUGCCAAUGUCAAAGGCUACAGAGAUACGACAAUCGACAGACAUACGACGAUCGACAGACAUACGACGAUCGACAGACAUACGACGAUCGACAGAUAUACGACGAUCGACAGACAAAUAACAAUCCUCGAAUUGGAUACACCCGGUUUGAACAUCCCGGCUACUGCCAGCCGUUCCUUGAUCGGUGCGAUAUUGGCUGCGGUAUCUCGGACCAUUACGCCAAGUAA